AUGGACUGCGCUGAAGAUUCUGGAGCUCUAAUCACCGAGAAUGGAACCUUUGAAAUUGACUUUCUUCAAUUUUUUCACUCACAUGGAUAUAAUUGUCAAAAAUUUUUUAAUUUAUGUGUUAUGGAUCCUGACACUGUUAUUUAUGCAUCAGGAUGCUUGAUCCAUAUUUUAGAUACUAAAUCCGGGAAGUUAAAAUUUAGAAGACAUCAAGGAGUCAGCCAUAUUGCUAAAAAUUCAAAAAAAUCUCACAUAGCUAUCGCAGAAUCCGGGUCCAGCCCUCCAAUUUUAAUCUACUCAUACCCAGACUUCAAAUUAAUUUCAAAACUUCCCGGCGGAACUUCUAAAAACUUCCACCAGGUGGCGUAUAAUUCCACUGGCGACUUAUUAGUCUCGCAGGGCGCAGGUCCAGACAAUUGGCUGACAAUAUGGAACUGGGAAGAAUCUUCUAUAAAACUACGGACUAAUUCUUCAAAUUUAAACAUAUUAAACAUCGUCUUUUCCUCAUUUUCUCCAUCAAACUUCGCAACUGCAGGAUCAGAACACAUAACCUUCUGGAAAAUGGAGGAAACCUUCACGGGGGAGAAGCUUCAAGGCACUGUGGGUAAAUUUGGAACCACCGAAGACAGCGACAUCAUCGGAGUUCUUUUUAUGCCUGAUGGUAAAGUAGUUUCUGGCUGCCAAUGGGGCAACAUCUUGCUCUGGUACGGAGGCGCCAUUUUGUUAGAGGUCAGGAGGAAGAACGGAAAGCCUUGUCAUGAUAAUAUGAUCACUCAGUUUGAGUUUAAUAAUGGAGAAUUGAUGUCUGUUGGAAUGGACGGCUGGAUCAAAAUCUGGUACUACGACAGCAUUGAUAAUAAUUCUUCAGACUUUGUUGAAGUAGAACCAAUCUACGAGUUCAGAAUCUUUGAAGAAGUCAAUGGUAUUGAUGUAAAUUCAAUGCUGAUGUGUAUCAGGAAGAAAAAUGAUGAUCCUGAAGAUUCUUUCUGGUAUGCUCAAGAUGGCAAUGGAGGACUCUGGUUGAUCGACCUAGCAACAAUGGCGGCGCCACAGCAGCCCCAGAAGCUUCUAAUCUGCCACGCUGGAGCGGUAACAGACAUCGCAGUUUGUUCAUGGUCUUCUUUCCUCGCUUCUUGCGGAGAUUAUCAACUAAAUAUCUACGAUUACUUGAAGAAAACUCUGAUAAUAUCCUACAGAUUCUCCGACGUCUGCACCCAAGUUCUUUGGGCGCCAUGCUCGGUUGAGUCUACUGGGUCUACUUUGAUUUGUUCCUUUGCCAGUGGAGUUCUUAGGGUUCUUGUCGUUGACUUUACUAAGCUCUCUGUGUUCCUGGUACAGAUUACCAAGCCACAUACUAAGAGGAUACAAAUUAUGGCACUGAAUUCUUCCAAGAGUUUAUUAGCAACAAGUGCUGAAGAUUCUACAAUUUUUAUUUUUAAAAUUAUUGUAGACAAAAAUUUGAAAUUAGAACCUGUUGGAUAUGUUUCUUUACCGGCAGUUGUUAAUUGUUUGACUUGGAACUCAGAAGAUAUUUUGAUGGGGUACAAAGAAUUUGUUCUAAGAUUAAAAGUUCCUGAAACUAGACCAGCUUAUACCAAAAUUAACUUUGAAUUGACGGAAUCUAGGCUAGAAACUUUCCAAAUUUUUGAUGAUAAAGAAGAUUCAAGUUUGGAAGGAUUGAAAGAUAUCAUUAAAAUUGAAAACCUGGAUGAUGAAGUAUGGUUAACGAGUGGAGGAUUUGUUUAUGGAUUAAAACUUCCAGAAGAUAGAACUCCUUGUGAAGUCAAGAGUUUGAAAGUUAAAUGGAAAUUUUUUGUAGGAGAAAUUUCUAGCUGGCUUUUUAAUGAAAAAUUUCUAAUCCUUGGGCUAAAAACUGGAGCAAUAAAAGCUUGUAACCUCGCUAAUUUAUCAGACAACUGGAUCCUUCAAAUCCACGAAAAUCCUAACGGUAAAAUAACAAAAAUUCUUAUAAGCUACGACAAUAAUUAUUUAUUCUCCGCUGGUUGUGAUGGAAACAUUUUUUCUUUCUUAACAAAAAACAAGACAAUUAAUUUUGAAACUGCAACUAAGUUGGAAUUCGUCGAAGAAGUAGCAGAUAUUGAAGAUCACUUAAGUUUGGAAGAAGUAAUAAAGAAGAAAGAAGCUGAUCGCCUUUUGGAAGAAGCUCGGAAGCGCAAGGAAGAAAUUUUGGCAACUUUAGAAGCUCUUAGGAUAGAAUACAACCGAAUUAUUGAAAGGAACAAUGAGCUUCCCGAGUCCCAGCAACUAGAUCCAGAAGAAUUGGAGUUGGAUCCAAGGAUUACUGAAGACUUGGACAGAGAAUUGAAGGAAAAGCUGGAAGAUGUUUAUAGAAAGUCGGAGUUUGAUCUUGAAAAGAGUCGGCUGAGUUUGGAAAAGCUUUUGGAUUUUUAUAUCCGGCCGCUUACAUGCGUUCCUUUUGCAGUCUCUAGGAUUUUGAAAUCUGGAGCUGCUGUUCAUUCGGUGGAAGAGAAAAUUCUAGGGGAUGAAUUUGAAAGAAUUUAUGGGAAAAUUCAAAAAGAAAUCAUGGAAAUUCAAAUUAAUGAGAGGAAAGACGAGCCAGGGAUUGAAGAAGAGUCUCAUAAUGAAUUCGUGGAGGAAGAUGAAGAAAUAAAAGUAGAAGGAGUAGAAAGUUUUUUAAAAGGAUUGAGUCCUGAAACGAUUCAGAAUAAAUUAGGAGCGCAGAUUAAUCAGAUGCUGAGGAAGUACCGGGAAAGGAAGGCAAGACUUGCUCAGAGAGCUCAAGAGUGGAAAAUUAUGCACGCUAGUAAGCCAGAUACUGAAGCCGACAAUGAAGAAGAUGUUAGGGCUGUUGAAGAAGCGAGAAGAACUAUCGGGGAUUAUAAACUUAAAAUUUCAAAUGAUUUUGAGUAUAACAAGGAUUUUAAACAGAAACGUGAUACUACUUUGAGCAAAUACAAGCAACUUUUGGAUUGUAGGAAGAAGACUCAUUUGCUUCGCGAGGGGUUUAAUGACCGCCUAAGAGAGGUCCGUAACAAGAAAUUGAACCUACAAAAAGAAGUAGCUGAAUUAAUUGACAAAUUGAAGUUUAUUCACUCGGAAAUUCCUGAAAAGCAUAUCAAGCCUUUGCCAAAUUUGCUGGAAAUAAAUUACGACCUAGAGUUUCCUGAGAGGAAUUUGGAAAUGGAGAAAUAUAAAUCACUUGCGGAAAAAUUCAAUGAGUCAAGAAACAAACAGUACAGUAAAUCUUCUUCAGAAUCUCCGGGACAGAUUAAUUUAGUCCCUAAAUUUUACGACGAGGAGUAUGAAAUUUUAUUACUGGAUCAGCGCAUGAUUAACAGUCAAAUAAAUGAUCCAGAGAUAGAUUCUCUCCGCGUAAGCGUGAAACUGGAAAUUCCAGAGGAUAAAAUAGAAGAAAUUAAUUCGGGAGGUCUUGAAGAGACUCCGUGGGAAUUAGAAAUGAAACUUGCCCGAGUUUCUAAGAAAAUUUACCAGCAAGAUUGUAUUAUUGGGUACAUAGACAAGAGCUAUAAGGAAAUUGAUGAAGAAUUGGACAAGUUGGAGAAAGAGCGACUGGAGGUUCAGGCGGAUUCGAUCUACUCUGAGUUGCACCAGUUGACGCUCCAGCAGGAACUUAUUGUUCUGAGGGAGUUUCAAGGGAAAGAAAAUUUAAUGAUUAAGAAAGUUGAUAAUGGAAUUUAUGAGCAAGAAAGUGUUGAGAGAAAGAUUCAAAAAUUGAAUAGUUCUAUUGAGAUUAAGAAAAAAGAAGUUUUGAAAAUAAAUGACAAGAUUAAAGAAUUGAAUAGACAGUUUGCGAGUAUGAUAAGUGAAAAUAAAUUUUCGGAGUAUUUGAAAAAAAUUUAUCGGAAAAAGUUUAAAGUUAAUCGAAUUACUGAUGAAUCAUCAGAAUCAUCAUCAAGUGACUCAAGUACAGAUGACAAUCAACUAAGUACCGAUGAUGAAAAUUUCUAUCACCUAACUCUCGACGAAAAUACCUGUCCUGUAGGCUGCGACGAGGAUUUAUAUAAAUCAGCGUUUUCUAUGAGAGCAAAAAGACAUGAGUUAGAAGCCCGGGUGAGGGAUGACCAGAAAAUCUUGGAAAAAUUUCGAAAACAGCUCGAACACGAGAAGAAAACUCUGAAAACUAUUGAUAAUAAUUUGAAUUCUAGUCGACGCGAGCUACAAGACUACUUGAAAGAGAAGCAGACGAAAUUGAACGAAAUACAUGUGACUGUAAUUUUAAAAUUACAUCAAUUGCAACAUGUCAAGGGUGAUGAUUUGGAAAAAAUAAGGGACUGUGUUGUGUUUGAUAAAUCUAAAUUGUCGCAAUUGUAUACUCGAGUUGGAGAAUUGCAACAGGAUACUACCGAUCAAAAAAUAAAACACAAAAAAAAUCGACAGCACUUGCACAGAGUAGAAAUAGACUGCGACUACAUGGAAAGUGAAAUAAAGCGCUUGAAGGAAGAAAUAAAGCAAGAGAUGAUCCAGAAAUUUGGAAGAGAAGUGUCACUGACUUCUUUGUACGAAGCGGUGUUAAGAAGAAUGGUUUACGAUGUCAAAGCUGAUAUGAAAGAGAUGAUCAAGUCUUACGACAAAGAAAUCAAGGGCGCGGAAGAGCAGUAUAAAAAGCAAGUUAAGGUUUUGGAAGAGUUGAUAAAAGAAAACACGGAAAAAUUGGGUCUAAUGACGGCAUUGGAGCAAGAGCGGAGAAAAUUGAAGAGAAUAAUGAAACAUAAGCCAGAAAAUGAGGAAAAUAUUAAAAAAGUGGAAAAAGAGCACAUGGAAGAGAUCAAAAGGCUGGAAAUUAUUUUGAGAAAUCAGCGACAGCAGAAAGAAUUGUUCCGUAAUGAAAUUAGAAAUUUAAGACUCAAAUCGCGACCUCUACCGCCGGUUUAUCGCAAGAGUACUAAGGUACUUAGUUUGGAUGAAGAUUUUAAAUUUGGAGAUAGUUUGAUGGAGAAUGAAAGUUAUUCUGAUCCUAAAAUGGAGGAUGAGAUUAAUAGAGAGGUUCAGAAGUUUGUGAGAGAAUUUGAUGGAGACAAUUGCAAGGAAUUGGUGGAGGAAAUGAAAAAUAAUUCAAAAAUUGGGAAAAAUUUAAAGAGUUUGGAGAAAAUUAAUGAAAUUUUGAAGAAUAAUCUGGGAGAUAAAUAUGAAGAGCAAAAUUUAAUGGACAUAAUUUUUAGGCUAGAAGCAGAGUCAGAAACACUAGCAGCUAAUUUGUCCCUAAAUUGGGACGUCAAGUCCAAGAUUGAGGAAUUGCUGUCAAGCUUGGAGUUAAAAGCAGACCUCGCGACUGUCAACAGUCUACUAAAUUAUUUACAUGCAGAAAAUUCUGACGCCGCUGUAGAUUAUUUAGUUGGAAAAUUAUCCAGCUCAGACUCGGAAGUAAAUUCUGCGGUGCGCGACUACGCGAGUAAGAUGCUCGCGGAAAUUAAAAAAUAUGGAAGUAUAAAGGAAGAAAGUUAA